AUGGAAGUUGACCCAGUCGAGGAAGGUUCGAACAACAACCUUGAUAAAGGAAAAAGUAUUGAAACCAUUGCUUCUACUUCAGAAAUUACUGCGCCCAAACUGACUACCAGCAUCGACGAGUCCUUUGACGCGUCAGAAAACCUCCUAAACACUUCGACCAUUGGUUUUGAUGCCCCUUCAAUGCAA